GACCAGAGCCGAGUUUGUUCACCUGCCGAGCCGAACGCUGUCAGGAAAACGCCGGUUUUGUGUGCGCUCGCGCCUCUGUACGAGUAUAAACAUGCAGUUGUGCGCGCGGAGACGAUGCUGAUACGCUGGGCGGCGUCCGGUAUUUUCUUUACAGCGCCAUGAGGGAGAAAACCGUCGCGCGCCUCCUCGCGCUGCUGCCGCUGCUGCCGCUUCUGCUCUGCUUUGUGCUCUCAUCGUUUCCCGUGAGCUCGCGCGCCGCGCGGUCCUCCUCUCCGCUCUCGGACCUCAAGAACAAGAUCAGCGGCGUGGAGGAGCUGCUCGAGGAGUUCCGCCAGCAGCUGCAGCACGAGGAGCAGCCCUACGCGCGAGCGGGGCAGCAGGAGGAGGAGGAGGAGGAGGAUGAGGAAAGGGGCGAUGAAGAGCAGCAGGCCGGAGGAGGCGCGUGCCUCGGCCACUUCGACGCCGCGGAGUCGCGCAUCAUCCGCGCGGCCGCGUCCAUCGAGCGCGGCGCCACCUUCCUGUCUGCGCCCAGCGGCGCGCGCGGCCCGGCUGACUGUCUGCGCGCGUGCUGUGCCGAGCCGCGCUGCACCGUGGCCGUGGUAGUGCACGAGGAGCGCGCGGCGCUGCGCGACGGGCCCCGCUGCUACCUCUUCAACUGUACGUACCGCGGCGCGAGCGUGUGCGCGUUCUCGCCGCAGCGCGGCUUCACCGCCUACAGCCACAACGGCACCGCCGCCGCCGCGCUGAGGAGGCCCGCCGAGGAGGAGGAGGAGGAGGACGCAGGCGGAGAGGCGUGGAUGAGGGAGCUGGACGAACCCCCACGUGGCGAUGCUGGACAGGAUGUGAUGGUCCAGCUGCCUACCGACUGGGCCAUACUGGAUGGCAGGGACAGCAUUGAUGACCACGGCAUCAUGCGAUACGAAUGGGCACUCGUUAAAGGAGAUUCCUCCGUCAACAUGAAGGUGACUCACCCAGGUCUGCUGAAGCUGAGCGGACUCAGAGAGGGCGUCUACACCUUCCAGAUGACCGUCACUGACACCAUCGGACAGAGGAGUUCGGAUAACGUCUCUGUCACUGUACUGGCACCCGAGCAUCAUGCAGAAGUAUGUACUCGUCACUGCUCGCGGUAUCAGUUCAUGUGUGACGACGGCUGCUGUAUCGACAUUAGUUACGCAUGUGAUGGCAAGCAGCAAUGUCCUGACCGCUCAGAUGAAGACUUCUGCAGGAACUUCGAUGGAGGUCGUAAGGCCGUGACUCACACGUCCAGUGCUCCCUCUCAGAUUGGAGAAGCACGAGAAUCAGAGGGCCGAGCCAUGAUCCCUGCAGAACCACGCAAUACAGAGACCCCUGUCCAGAGCAAACAACAACAGCCUUCAGUCAGCCAAGGUCCCUGUAUGGAGCCCCCCAUGGUUGGCCCAUGUAGAGGUGUUUUCCCACGCUGGUAUUAUGACCCUGCAGCCGGAGAGUGCAAGCACUUCUUGUAUGGGGGCUGCAAAGGAAACCGUAACAACUUCCUGCAGCAGGUGGACUGUGUGGCUGAGUGCAUCCAGAAACCCGCUCCAGUAGAUCAGCAAGCCACUGCGGCACCUCCCCCUACAACUCAGACAAAUACAGCCACCAAGUCUCCCAGCUCUGAAGCCAAACCCCAGAAUUCUGCAUUGGUUCCUCAGAACCCUCAACCAGUAGCUAAAGUUCAUACAGUCCUGGGGGGACAGCCGCCCCCUGAGUCAGGUGCGAUCCUGCCGCUGGUUCUGGGGGUGAUUAUCAGUGCUCUGCUGUUGCUGAUGGUGGCCUGCAGACUGCGUCUGGUGCGCCACAGGAUGAAGAAAGCUCGGCCGCUCACCACAGAGGAGUCCGAUUACCUCAUUAACGGCAUGUACCUGUAGCAGAACACACUCCUGUCUGUCAAACCCACACACACAGCUGAUGCAGUGUGCGUUUCUGAGUGUGUGGAGGGAUACGGAACAGCUGUAUUUGAAAACAUUGAAUAUCACUCAUAUAUCAUACUGUCCAAAAUCUUACACAUUGAUUCAGAUAUCAGUCUGAUAUUGUUUUGAUUUUGGUUUGUCAGAAAGGUCAUCUUGGACAAUGUACAGAAAGCAAAACAGAGCAUUUAAAGGCUUGAAAAGGAGGAAACGUCUUGCAUUUUUUCGUUUUAGUUUCUUGCCAUAAAUUAAACUGUACGCAGUUUGGUCACUUGGUCAAAUAUUUCAGUUAGAUUUGAAGACGUUCAAAUACAUAUGGUCACAUUAAUACAAUUCCAUCGCUCAGGAGAAAAGAGAUGUAUAUUUUGCGUAGUUAGCUACAGGCUAUUUUGUUCUCAAAUUCAAAGAAAGCAGAAAUCCAAAUAAGAGUUACAGUUAAAGAGGAAUUUCAUUGAUUUUUUCAACAUUGCUACAGAAUUCAGUCGAUAAGGCGUAAACAAGGUCAUUCAGACUGGUUUGGUGUGAAAUUGUAGACUUAUUUCUUUACAGUGGUGGUAAUGGGAACCAGAAGUCAUGAUGUCUGCAACACAAGUAUAGCCAUUAUUUAGUAUCCAAAACAACCAGAUAACGUACACCUGUCCUUUGAGUUUUUAAAUGUACUACUGAUAAUAGUAAAGUGGUAAUAAAUCUGGAAAUCUGGAUGUUUUUUGGGGAUUAUUUCCCUCAACAACAACCUGCAUGUAUCUCUGCCAUGAAACAAUAUGUUUUAGGCCAAAACUUUAUUCUAAAACUAUUGUAAAAGAACGUUUCAAAUGUCUGGCAACAUAUUCAUAACUAUUUCAUGUAAUAGUUGAAGGGAGCUUUUAGAGACUCUUCAGUCUUCAGAACAUUAACAUUUCUGACUUUCUCUAGAAUAAACUGCUAUACAUCAAACUGAUCUGAAUAAUCUAUUAAAUUAUUCAAAAUCCAGGUGUGGAGACACACAGAAGAUUGUAUUUUCUUGGAGUUAGUUGUUGGUUUCUCAGACGAUCUUCUCUUAUUUUCAUUGUAAGAUCUUAGCAAUGUAAUUUCUUUGUGUCGGUGACGUAAUUUAGAUUUUCUUGCUAUUUCGGUUUGCACCAUUGGGGGCACUAGAGAGCUGCUCUUAGAUCUGACUCCUCUGAUCUUGCCUGCUCUUGUUUGAGAAAUGAUUUAUGAUUUUAACUUUCAUGGUUUCUUUCCAGAAUCGAACACACAAUAAAGUUGACAUCUUCCUGAUGAAAAUAUCACUUUGAAACAACAUAUUGUACUGCUUUGUGAAGUUUCUGCCAUCCAGGCAACAUGCCUGACCUGCAUUCCUGGGCCUGUAACACAUCUCUAAACAGUAAUACCAGAAACACUUUACCUACUAAUUUCACUCCUAACAGAUUUUGGUCAUGCUGAGCUUAGAUCAGGUCUCCUGCAGUUCAUAUUGGUCAGAAAUGGGCACAAACUGGCAUGAAUAUAUAUAUAUAUACAUACACCAAUCACCAUCCAAAGCCACCAAUAUCAGCCAGGAAAACAGAAAACUGUGUAGGACCGGGAUUGGGAACCUGUUUUCUGAUCACUAUGUGCUGUAGAAGUCUGAUUUCAGGACUGAUUUUUUCCAUCUUUGUGAAUGUCAAAGAUUUUCUAAGUCCAGUUGUGAUACCAAUGCUAUUCUUGUGUCAUCUGCUCUCUGUAGCUACUCAAUGUACUGUAAACGUGUUGCUUUACUUCCGAACUGUAAACUAUGUAUGCAUAUCUGUGGAAAUGUCAGAUUAUAUUUGAAAAAAAAA